AUGCUCGACACAAUCAUUGAACUACGCGACGUGGUCAGCAAGCAGCAGAACACGAUUCAAGAAUUGCACCAUCAGCUCCAGGAAUACCAACGUCAAAUGGAAUGCGCCCUAGCGAACACAAAGGCACAGCUAUCAGAGGAGCUGAGGCAAGCUCGAGACCAGAUCGACGUCCUUAUACGCAACCCGGUAUUCACGGCCUCGUCCCAGCCAAGCGCAAGAGCAUCGUACGCCGAAGUCGCUCGCACCCCACCAUCAAGCCAACCAAGCGGGGUGCGCACCCUCUCCUCGUCGAACACGACACCCUCAUCCUUUACCGACACGCUGUUCUGCACCAUCGACACAUCCAGAGUGGAGGAAAACGAAAAGAACAAAGUCCAGGUGGCGGAUGUCAGAAAAGCAAUCGAGGCGGAGGUCCGGACACUGGAGAACAUGGGAGAUUGGCGCUGCGCUGCGGUUGUAAAGGAGGCCCGGAACCCGGAUCGGGUCAAGGUGGUUUGUAGAGACGAAAACGAGACCAGGAUUGUCAAGGAUGCAGCACAAAAGAUCACUGUCCCGGGCGUACGGGUGCUGAGGGAUCAGCUCUACCCAGUGAGGAUCGACAAUGCCAACCGCACAGCGGUCCUCGACGCCGAGGGGAACGUUUUACCAGGGGCAAUGGAAGCCCUUGGUACAGAGAACGACGUCAACAUUGCCAAGAUCGUCUGGCUCAGCAGGAAGGAUACAGGCAAGGCCUACGGCUCUAUGGUCGUCUACGUGACGGAGGGCAGCGAAGCGAGGCGACUUCUAGACGGGCGUUACUUCCAUCUGGCCGGAGAAUCCGCUUACACGACCGUGUUCGCGCCCCGGGAAGGCCCAACCCAGUGCUACAGAUGCCAGGAAAUCGGCCAUAAGGCCUUCGCCUGCAAAAAGCCGCAAAGAUGCGGAAGGUGUGCGGAACAGGGUCACCACCACAAGACGUGUCAGUCCGUGACGCUUAAGAUCCUUCAGCUCAACGUCCGCAAACGGAGAGAAGUGCAGCAGAGUCUGCUAAACGACGAGGGACUCAAGGACUUCGCAGUGCUGGCCAUCUCCGAACCAUAUGCCAGGCUGAUCGAAGGCUCGGUGACGGCGGUCCCAAUGAGUCAUCACAACUGGACGAAGCUGAUACCAACGACAAGACGAGAAGCCACGUGGCCAAUUCGGAGCAUGCUAUGGGUACGAAGCGAUAUAGAGGUCGAGCAGAUUCCAGUGCCGUCGGCAGACCUCACCGCAGCACGCAUCCGGCUCCCAGACCGGGCAGUGCUGACGGUGUCAGUGUUUCGAAACGGAACAGGGACGAGAACGGAUAUCAUACUGGCGGGCGAUUUCAACCGCCACGGCCAGCUUUGGGGAGGGGACGAUGUCUCACCACGGAGACAAGGCGAGGGAGACCGCAUCAUCAACCUCAUGGACGAACACUCCCUCUGCAGCCUCCUCCCAAGAGGCACGAAGACGUGGCAGUCAGGCGACAUUGAGAGCACAAUCGACCUGGUACCGGCCUCUGCAGAACUAGCAGACCAACUACUCAGAUGCACGAUUCACUCCUGCGACCAUGGCUCAGACCACAGAGCAAUCGAGACAGCUUUUGACACCACGGUGGAGGACCGUCCCAGUGAGACGAGGUUCCUCUUCAAGAACGCGCCCUGGACGGAAAUUAGGACUAGGGUGGCAGCACACCUCGAACGCAUCCCCUGGGACGGCAAUGUCCAGCAGCAGACGGACAGGCUCAUGGCAGCGGUAACCGAAGGCGGUCUUACGCCCUGA